AUGGAAAGUCAAAGUCAACCAAUUACAUUAAUUCGUAAUAACGAAUUUUUAUAUAUUGAAGAAAACUUUGAAACCAGAACAAUAAACUAUUCUUUGUUUCAGGUUUUCAAUCUAAAAAGUCCUAUAAACAAUGUUUCUUUAUCGAAUAUUGUUAUACCGACCUCACUUGGUAGAUAUUACGCGUUUGAAGUGUCUGAAUAUAAUGGCACUUCCUUUAAGGUUAAAAUUCUUUUCGUCAACCAAACCCAUUUAGAUUUUGUCAAUUUGUUACGCGUUGCUACAGAUAAUUUAUUUUACGUUUCUGAAAAUGGUUUUUCUGAUUGGGUUCCUAUCGAUUCUAUCACGCUUCGAUUGAUUUAUCCAAAUGCAAAUUCGAUAAACCUUAUUGAAAAUAUCACAGAAGAACAAAUGAUAGAUGAGCAUACUUUGGUUGAAGAGUCCACUUCUCCUGAUUAUGAUGAUGUUGAAUGGCUUUCACGCAAACUGAAAGAGAUGGCAUUACUUUUUCAAUCAAAAUCUGAUAUUCCAGCUGAUGUGUUGGAAGGUCUUUUUAGUUCCAUGUUUCCGAGACGUGUUACAACUAUGAACAUCAUUGAGGGAGUUGGAAUUUUAAUUUCUGCUAUGGAUCAUAGAUUGAAAUAUCGAAUGAUUCGGAAUAUCUUUAAGAAGUUGGCCUCUCUUAUCAAAAAUAAUAAUUUAAAAUCGAUGCUUCUUGACAACCGUUUUGUACCAGAUUUUCAUUUCAAUAUUAUUCUUAAUCUUUGGACCCUUAUUGAAAGUUUUAAAGUUAUUAAUAAAACAUGUGAAGUGCUCAGGGAUUCCGAUGAGAAAUUUAAAAAAAUCUUGGCAGCAGAAAGUUCAAAUUUUAUAACAUAUCUUGAACAUGUAGAUGUUUUGAUUUUAAACAUUUUAACUAUUCUCGCUAAUGAUCAAUAUGAUUUACUUCAAUCACGUUUGUCGAUUUUCAUCAAAGCGAUUGAAGAUUUGAUGAAGAUCAUCGAAUUAAUAUCCGUCAAAUGUAAUGAGCAUUUAAAAGAAAUAGAAUCUGAGGAACAAGUCGCGAAAAGAAAAGCAUUGCUACAUCUUGGGAUUGCGGCUGUUGAAAUAAUCUAUGGCUUUUCAAUGUACAGAUCACGUAGUACAGCUCAGAGAAUUGCCGAAGGAGCCUUAUUUGUAGCAAAUGGAUUUGCUUUUGGUAAAUCGUUGACUGCAAAACAACAAUUUGUUGAAGCUAUUAAUCAACAAAGCAAUACUCUCAGGAGAUUACAUGAAUUACAUGCUACUUUCACUCAAAUGUCCAAUCAAGGGAAAAAAAUCAUAUUAGAUUUGAGUGGGGAAGAGAUGUCGUAUCAGCGUGAAACGUUGAUCGAGGAGUUCGUGGAAUUUAGAAUUCAAUGCAAACAAUUUUCUUUUGUGUUGGAUGGAAUUGAUGAAUAA